GUGGCCGUAACAUUAAACUUGUGAUGUGUAUCAGUAAUUUGUCAGCUAACACAAUUUAAUUGAAGUUCGUGGCCGUCGUAACUAUAGAUAUAUAUCUCAAGGAAAUUUAAUAAUCCAAUUCCUAUUAGGUACACUGCAAUGUGAAUAGGAAAUAAGAAAGUGAAUUGUAUUAUGACACCAGUUUUAACGUUUACACAAAUGGGUUUUGGAAACAAUGUCGAAUUGCAAUCUGUUGAUGAGGGUGGCAAAAACUGGGUACAGCGCCAAAUGUCACGGGUGACACGGAACCUUCGCUGCCGUUUCAGCGGUGAAGGUCGUGAGAAGCCUCCAGAUUGGUUUCUGGACAAGUUUGCAGCUCAGACUUUUACCGACCCUGAAGAGCCAAUUUACCAAGCCAAGGGAUCUAAACUUCUGUGUGGUUUGAAGCUCGCUUUUGAUCCGACGUUACCAACUCAUUACCAUUGGUUGGCGGUGGUGUCUCUAGCGAUUCUAUACAACGUGGUACUUGUAAUCGGCCGUGCAGUCUUCUGGGAACUCGAUAAGAUGACGAUGAUAUGGUUCGUGUUGGACUACCUCUGCGACGCUAUAUACGUGGUGGAUACCAUUGUGCACAUCCAUGAAGGCUACUUGGAUCAGGGCUUAAUGGUAAAGGACUCGGCAAUGCUGAGGAGGCAUUAUCUGACCUCCGAAGCAUGGAGGUAUGAUGUGGUAUCGCUUCUUCCUACUGAUAUGGCCUACUAUUGGUGGACUCCCGGCACUUGCAGUUCUCAACGUUUGCCGUGCCCUGUUAUUGUACGACUCAAUCGACUAUUUCGCCUGCCUCGUAUGUGGGAGUGGUUUGACCGUACUGAGACCGCCACUAGUUAUCCGAAUGUUUUCAGGAUUUGUAAGGUAGUUUUAGCUAUACUAGUGCUUAUUCAUUGGAAUGCUUGCCUCUAUUUCGCCAUCAGCUAUGCUAUAGGAUUUGGAAGCGACAACUGGGUUUACAAUAUCACAGGAGCUCGCAAUGAAACUUUGGCUCAUCAAUACAUAUAUAGUUUUUAUUGGUCGACAUUGACUCUUACGACAAUUGGGGAAACGCCACAACCAGAAAUUGAUGUUGAAUAUUUAUUCGUGGUUGCUGACUUCUUGGCUGGAGUAUUGAUAUUUGCAACAAUUGUCGGUAAUAUUGGGUCAAUGAUUUCUAAUAUGAAUGUUGCGAGAGUUGAAUUUCAAAAUAAAAUGGAUGGUGUCAAACAAUACAUGGCGUUUCGAAAAGUGAGCGGAGAAUUGGAAGCCAGGGUAAUUCGCUGGUUUGCUUACACAUGGGCAGAAAGUGGUGCGUUGGAUGAGGAAAACGUCUUAUCUUCACUUCCGGAUAAAUUAAAAGCCGAAAUUGCUAUUCGAGUUCAUCUUGACACACUCCGCAAAGUUAGGAUAUUCCAAGAUUGUGAACCUGGAUUACUAGAGGCUCUGGUAUUAAAAUUAAGACUUCAAGUUUUUAGUCCUGGUGAUUAUAUUUGCCGUAAAGGGGACGUAGGCAAAGAAAUGUACAUUGUGAAACGCGGAAGAUUACAAGUUGUGGCUGAUGAUGGAAAAACCGUUUUAGCGACACUUAGUGCAGGUUCUGUAUUCGGAGAAGUCAGCGUCCUAGAAAUUGCUGGUAAUCGAACAGGAAAUCGCCGCACAGCCAACGUACGCGCUUUGGGAUACUCCGAUCUAUUUUGUUUGGCUAAAAGAGAUUUAUGGGAAGCUCUUGCAGAUUAUCCUGAUGCCAGAGCUACUUUAACUGAACGUGGAUGCCAGUUAUUGCGAAAGGAUGGUUUACUCGAUGAAACUGUGUUUCAAAAUGCUCAAACAACUCAACAAAGCUUAGAAGAAACUGUUCAUCAAUUGGAAGCAACUGUAGAAAUGUUACAUAAUCGUCUACAAGGAUUGCUGUCUAAUUUCGGAGAACAACAAGCCAAAUUGAAACAAAGACUUAACAAGGUCGAAUUAAGAUUAAUAGAAUCAGAUGAAGACACUGAUAUUGAAGAAGAUACAACAUCACAAGAUGAAUCAGAAUUACGAAGCGACAUUAUUCGUUCAUGUGAUGGUGCUAGCUAUAGUGCAAUGCCAAGUCCCAUACAAAGUCCCUCAUACUAUGCUUCAAGCUAUCCUAUUCGCGAACGAGGCCAUUCCUUAACCGUGGAAAGCACCCCAGGCUUAUUACCCAUCACAAAAGAACCAAGAAGCAAAUCACUAAGAUUAAAAAGAUUCCAGCAACAGCAAGAAGCUUUCAAAGGGAGUGCAAAUCAAAAUAAAUGAAGUAGCAGAAAAUAUUUCACAAUGAUUUUCCGUUAAAUUGUCUGUUAAAGUGUAUAUAUAAAGACGAGCUAAAAGAUUUUUGACACAUUUAACAUAAUGUGUUAUAGAAAAAUAUUGAAACUGUUUUUUAUAAAUAAAUUAAAAAAAAAAACAUGUAGUUCGACGUAGUUUAUAGAAACAUAGUUUUUAGCUAUAUUAAAUUUUAGAAAUAAGGACAGGCUUGGUAAAAGGCUUUAAAAAAAUUUUGUAUAGUUCCAUAAUCAAAGUGUCAUAUUAUGCGUAAUACUCAUACAGUAGAAGUCAUUGUCCAAAGUACAAUACUAAAUUGUAUUCCACUAAAUAUUUGAUGUUUGUUCUCCUUAGUCGUUUUUAGAUAAAUACAUUUUGGUUCUCAAGUAAAACAAUAUUAUCUUAGAAUAGAACAUAUUUAAAAUCAGAUUUUGUUAACUAUACAUUUCUCUGUAACAUAAAUUUCCCCAUACGUAUUAUCACUCAUAUUCACAGAAACUAAUGUAAAUUUAAAUAAAGUUUAUAUAAUAAUUACAUAUAAAACAUAUUUUUACGGAUAAUAGAAUCUCUAAUUGUUCAAUGUUAUAAUAAGUAAUUUAUUAAUUGAAUGUUAGUAUUAAAACUAUCAAUGUACUCUUAGAAAUUGUCGGAAAAAUCCCAAAUACAUACAUGUUAUUUUACAGUUCCCAAAUAGUCUUACAUAUUUUACUGAUAAGGUUAAAAUAUUUAGUGCAUUUUGCUGAGCAUAAAAGACAAACUUAUUUAUGUAAUAAUUUACGCAAUGGCUCUUACACUAUUUUUGAUAUUCAUUGUUAAAUUUUUGGUCCGAAAAACGUAGUAGGAUAUGCAAUAAGGUAUAACAUAAAAAAAAAAUAUUUCCACAAGACAUAGACUAUUUCCGAUCUUCGUCGUUAAAAAUAUCUCUGACAUUAAUUAUAAACAUAAAAGAUUAUGUAAUUUUUAUCAGUAUUGAAUUAAAUAAAUAUUUAAUUAGUUAGAAUCAGAUAAAUCAGUAUCGAAAUAUUUAGCAAAAAAAAAAUAUUUUCUAUAAUAAUAUUGAUGUUAAAUGUUAGUACAUUUAGGCUAAACAUAUCUAAUAGUCUGAAUUACAAUAAAUAUAUAAUAUAUAUCUAUUAUACAAUAUACAUACUGUUCUAAGCAGUCUAGGUAUAAGUAAUUCUUUAUAUAAACUGUUUUUAACGAUAUACUAGUCAUUGUAAACAUAAAAUAUAAUCUGUUUAAAACGUAACGUAACAACCUUGAUGAAAUCAAUGUUAUAUCAAUUUAAUAUACCCGUAUAUGUACGUCCCUCUAUUUAGUACAAGUAGUACAACUCAAUAGAAAUGGUCCGUGUUAAAAUAGUCUAAUUAUUUAAUAUAGAUACAGGAUAAGAGAUUUUAUAUUAAGGGAAGAUACCGGAUGGCUGAUACUUAAUUAUAUGUCAGUACUCAAAGUUCUCUAUUUCAGCAUGGUACUUUCCGUUAGGUGAAUUCUUUGAUGAUUCCAUAUUUACAUAAAAUGUUUCUAUUAUUCUAUAGAUAAUCAGAAUGUGUUAUAUCUAUUUCAUGUUAAUAUAAAUAUUGGUGUCAAAA